UACACACCUAACAACCAACCAAAGUAAUAACAAGGUGAUGUUGUCCUCUUUCACAAAAUGUCUCAUCAUUCUACAUCUCCAUCUUCAUUUCCUCAUCUUCUUCUUGUUCUUCAUUGUCCACUCUGCCUCCAACAACACCACUGAACAAAAUAAUCAAGAAGCUACAACACUACUCAAAUGGAAAACCAUCCUCCAUAGCACUCACCCCAUUUCACCUCUACUCUCCUGGAAACCAUCUAAUUCCAAUUCUUCAUCAUCUUCUUCUUCGCCAUGUCAAUGGGAUGGAAUCACCUGCAACAACCAUGGAAGUGUCAUAGACAUAAACCUCAAGAGCUCUAGCCUAACAGCUAAUCUCCAAAGCCUUGGCUUCUCAUCAUUUCCACACCUUCUUGGACUUGAUCUCCAAAACAACUCACUCCAUGGAACCAUUCCAUCCUCCAUAGCCAACCUUUCCAAGCUCACUUACCUUGCUCUGGCUCGAAACCAGCUCCACGGUCCAGUCCCUGAUUCGAUCGGACUCAUCGAUAAAUUGAAUGUUCUUCUUCUCUUUGGAAACUAUCUCUCUGGAACAAUCCCACCCUCCAUUGGCAACUUGACAAAGCUCACUUACUUGAGAUUGCAUUACAAUGAGCUAUCUGGCUCUGUACCCUCAGAGAUUGGAAAGCUAAGUAAUCUUUAUCUUCUAACUUUUUUUGAGAACAAACUCAGUGGGCCUCUUCCUUUAUCAAUAAACAAUCUUACCCAAUUGAAGAGACUUUUUGUGGGUGAAAACAAUUUCAGCGGCUCUCUACCUCAAGAGAUUUGCCAUGGUGGGUCAUUUGAAAAGUUGACUGCUGCUAACAACCAUUUUGUGGGUCGAAUCCCAAAAUCCUUGAAAAAUUGUUCCAAAUUGAUGAGACUUAGGCUUGAAAAGAACCAAUUAGUGGGUAACAUAUCAGAGGAUUUUGGGGUGUACCCAAAUUUGGAGUACAUUGAUUUGAGCUAUAAUGAGUUCUAUGGGGAGCUUUCUUGGAAUUGGAGGUUCUUUGGAAACUUGACAAAGUUAAGCAUCUCUAACACUCGAGUUUCUGGGAAGAUACCAGCUGAGCUUGCUGAAGCACAUCGAAUUGAAGAGCUUGAUCUCUCUUCCAAUCAUCUAAUUGGGAAUAUUCCAAAGGAAUUGGGGAAUUUGAGUUCAUUGCGUGUACUUGUGUUGGAUGAUAACAAACUUUCAGGUGGUAUUCCAGUAGAAAUUGGGAUGCUAAUGAAUCUGGAAAAACUCGAUUUGAGUGGAACCAAUUUAAGUGGUGUAGUUGUGGCACAACUUGGGAAUUACUUGAAGCUAAGGGAGCUGAAUUUGAGCAACAAUAGAUUUAGGGGAAGUAUUCCCUCAGAGAUUGGGAAUUUGCGUUCUCUUGAAAGUCUUGAUCUUAGCCAUAACUCACUUGUGGGUGAGAUACCACCACAUAUUGGAGAAAUGCUCCGACUAGAAAGGUUGGAUCUCUCCUACAACAAUCUCUCUGGUUCGAUCCCAUCCACUUUCAAUCGAUUGUUAAGCUUGAUGUAUGUCAAUUUGUCCUACAAUCGGUUGGAGGGUCCUAUUCCUAAUACUAGAGCGUUUCGUGAGGCUCCAAUGGAGGCAUUUUGCAACAACAAGAACUUGUGUGGAAAUGCUCGGGGUCUCAACAGUUGCCCCUCCAAGAUAAGGAACAAUGUCAAUGGGAAUAAUAAGAGGAUAGUGUUGAUCCUAAUCAUAGUAAUUCCUUUUUUGGGCUCUCUUUGUAUUUUUAUUGUCGUUGUUAAAGUUUUCUUUGUUUGUAGUGGGACAGUAAAGAGCGAAGAAAACAAGUUAGGGGAAGAACAAGAGGAGAAUUUGUUUACAAUAUGGAGCGAUGAUGGUAAAAUGGCGUAUGAAAACAUAAUCGAAGCAACAGAAAAUUUUGACCCCAAACAUUGCAUUGGAGAGGGAGCGACCGGGCGUGUUUAUAAAGCUGAAUUGCAAACCGGUCAAGUUGUUGCCGUGAAGAAACUUCACUCAUCUCAAGAUAGCGAUGCAACAAACGCAAGAGCUUUUACUUCGGAGAUUCAUGCACUUGCAGAGAUAAGACAUCGAAACAUCGUGAAGCUACAUGGUUAUUGUUAUCAUGCACAAAACUCGUUUUUGGUUUAUGAGUUCUUGGAGCGGGGAAGCUUGGGGGCAUUAUUGAGAAACGAAAUAGAAGCCGCACAGUUUGAAUGGAUUAAGAGAGUCAAUGUUAUUAAAGGCAUGGCCAACGCGUUGUCCUACCUGCACCAUGAUUGUUCACCCCCGUUGAUCCAUCGAGACAUAUCGAGCAAGAACAUUUUGUUAGAUUUGGAAUAUGAGGCUCACAUCUCAGACUUUGGCACGGCUAGGUUGUUGAAGCCUGACUCAUCUAAUUGGACCACAUUCGCAGGAACCUUUGGAUAUGCUGCUCCAGAGCUUGCUUACACAAUGGAAGUGAAUGAGAAAUGUGACGUUUACAGCUUUGGAGUGGUAACAUUGGAAGUGAUCUUGGGAAGCCAUCCUGGCACUUUCAUCUCAUUCCUAUCAUCAUCGUUGUCAUCAUCAUUGUCAUCAUCAUCUGCCAAUCACAUAUUGUUGAAGGAUGUAGUGGAUCAACACCUCUCGCCUCCUAUGGAUGAAUCUGCAGGAGAAGUGAUCUCAAUUAUGAAGCUUGCAUUUGAAUGCUUGAGCUCCAGUCCACAAUCUCGGCCAACCAUGCAACAAGUUUCAAAGAAGCUAUCAACUAAGAAUCCACCUCUGUCCAGGCCUUUUCUCUUAAUGACACUAGGGCAAUUGUUCUAGAUUUAGGAUCUGUGAAACCAUCUCCAUUGUUUGACGGUAUUGUUUGUUGUUUGUGAGGGUUGUGUGCAAGUUUAGUUCGGAAACUACUUCAUAUCAGGAGGAAGAAGAUGAAGGGAAAAAAAAAUUUGAAACUUGAGUAAGAAGAUAAAUAAAAUUCAAACUUGUUCUCGCUAGGAUUAUUCAAUUUAAUCUAAUCCUAGAGACAUAUUACCAAA